AUGAGCAACAACAGCAACAAGAGAGCCCCAACCACAGCAACACAGAGGCUGAAACAAGACUACCUAAGAAUUAAGAAAGACCCAGUGCCUUAUAUCUGUGCAGAGCCCCUCCCAUCCAACAUCCUGGAAUGGCACUACGUUGUCAGAGGACCUGAACUGACCCCCUAUGAAGGUGGCUAUUACCAUGGGAAGCUAAUAUUCCCCAGAGAAUUUCCCUUUAAACCUCCUAGUAUUUAUAUGAUUACACCUAACGGAAGGUUUAAAUGUAACACAAGGUUGUGUCUUUCCAUCACUGACUUCCACCCAGACACGUGGAACCCGGCGUGGUCGGUCUCCACGAUCCUCACGGGUCUCCUCAGCUUCAUGGUGGAGAAGGGCCCCACACUGGGCAGCAUAGAGACAUCCGAGUUCACGAAAAGGCAGCUCGCUGCACAAAGCUUAGCAUUUAAUUUGAAAGAUAAAGUCUUCUGUGAGCUCUUCCCUGAAGUGGUGGAGGAGAUCAAACAAAAACAGAAAGCACAAGAAGAGCUGAGUAACAGACCUCCCUCCCUCCCUUUGCCAGACGUGGUCCCCGAUGGGGAGGCACACUUUGGGCAGAAUGGGAUACCCCUCCUCAACGGGCACGUCCCCCUGGCCCCUGCCAACCACCCGGGUCUCCAGCAGGCCAACAGGAACCAUGGACUUCUAGGAGGAGCUUUGGCGAACUUGUUUGUCAUAGUUGGGUUUGCAGCCUUUGCCUACACAGUGAAGUAUGUCCUGAGAAGCAUAGCUCAAGAAUGAGGAUAAUAAAAGAAAUCCCAAGACCAAAUUAGAGGUAGUUGCAGAACGAGUGGGACUCUUUGGGUGUCUGACU